AUAUUCAGCAAGCGCGUAACACGGCAAAGGGACGCGCAAGCCGGAGGUUAUCCCCUCCGCCAUUGGACCCCGGAAGCUCCGCCGUGCUCCGCCAUGUCGCAUACAGGGGCUUGUGAGGCUGGGCAGAGGAACCAAACACCUCGAAGCCAGAUAUCAGCCAGCCCAACUAAGACAGUCGUAUUCCUGCAGCUACACUCGCUCAGAUUAGUCUGCAGCGGUCCCGCUCACCUGCCUCACCUGCCACUCGGCGCAGUCAUUCGCUUGUUCAACUGCCUUAUAUGCCUGAGUCCAUCCCACUGAGGAAGCCCCCUCGCCCCAAAGUUCGCGCCCUCGCUCAUACCCUCUCCGACGACUUCACUCUAGACACUCGAAGCGGAACGCCUGUCGUCGUUUCUGCUGGAAGCUCACGACAGCGUUCACGAUCCUCAUCACCGUACACCGACGAUCCUCAGUCACGGCAGCACAAAGACGCAAACGGCAAGAAACCAGCUUUGAUAGAGCCAGACAGCCCAAUUAGUUCGGACCUCGAGUUCGACGACUGGGAUGAGCACGACGCUGCGAUGCCUUCAGAUUUGAGACUAUCAGACGAGCGGGAGCGGCAUGGACGCGCACAUGCACCGCUACUCGGGCUUAGGAAAAGCGAAGACGAGGAGCUGGAGCAUGAUGGGUUGAUGAGAAGUACACAUCAUUUCCACGAGAGAGAUCCGGAGACACAGGCCAAGUUUGAGACGAGAAGACGAUACACGUAUGCUGCCUUCUUGCUGGCGCUGAGUCUGGUCAGCUUCACCGUGCAGACAGAGACGGCCGUCUAUAUCCAGCAUCAGCUGAAGUGGGAGAAGCCGUAUUGUAUGCUUUACAUGACCCAUGGAUCAUGGGUCCUUCUCUGGCCCUGCAUGCUCGUCCUCAUGCGUAUUUCCCGAUGGAGCGAGCCCUGGUCGACAUUCUGGCGUCGACACACCCAACUCCUCCGCCAAACCGCCCUCAUGGUCCAGCACCAGACGCUCCAUCCUAGCCCCCGCCAGUCGCAAGUCUCGCCCAUCCGCUACAUCCUCAACAUGACGGCCUUUAUCACAUGCGCCCUGACACUCGCAGGCGGAAGCUGGUACGUCGCUGUAAACCAGACGACAGCGAGCGACCUGACCGCAAUCUACAACUGCUCUGCCUUCUUCGCCUACGCCUUCAGCAUUCCCAUAUUGCAUGAGAAAGUCCGCACCAGCAAAGUCGUCGCCGUAGCAAUCGCCAUCGCAGGCGUCUUCAUCGUCGCAUACGGUGGCAUGACCCCCGCCAAACACGGCUCAAAGUCCGGCGGCGGCGCAGGCGGCGACAAGGCGCCACCCUCCCACGAAGCUGAUCACCGCGCCUUGGGAAAUCUCAUUAUUGGCGGCGGAAGCGUGCUGUACGGACUGUAUGAAGUGUUGUACAAGAGAUUCGCGUGUCCGCCUGAAGGCGCAAGUCCAAACAAAGGCGUUAUAUUUGCGAAUACGUUUGGUAGUUUGAUUGGGGCGUUUACACUGACUGUCAUGUGGGUUCCACUGCCGAUAUUGCAUUUCAUGGGGUGGGAGACGUUUGAGCUGCCGGUGGGGGAACAGGCGUGGAUGAUGGCGAUUAGCGUGCUGGCCAAUGCUACGUUUUCUGGGGCCUUCCUCGCCCUCAUUUCUCUCACAUCGCCUGUUUUGUCGUCCGUCGCUGCGCUCCUUACCAUCUUUAUUGUCGCUCUUGUGGACCAGCUUUUGCCUCCCCCGCUCAACUCGCCUCUCACUCCCGCUGCUAUUGUGGGUGGUCUCUUGAUCAUUGGUGCUUUCAUACUGCUUUCAUGGGCGACGUACAAGGAAAUGGAUGAAGAGAGAAGGCUAAAGCUGGAAGACAGCCCUAGCGACAUGGACGAUUAGGGGUCGUCUGAGUCCCAGGCUAUUCCUCUUGGACCGCUAGGCAGGACACCUCGAAUAUAGAUUUGUAAUUUCUUUUGUCAUGUUUCUCUGGCCUGCAUCCAACUUGGUCGGAGAUCAGGUUGGAUAGUGUAUCCUUCGUGUGAAAAUAUUGGCGGUUAGAAGUGCAGCCAUGGAGCGCACGGGGCGGGAUUAUUUUUAUUGCAUGCAUUUAUACAUGGCGUUGGGGACGGGAUAGAGGCCAUUGUGCCGCUCGAUGUAGGAUAUAGCACUUUGCAUUCUACCAGCU